AUGGUGGACCAGACAGAGGCACUUAUGAUAUGCAAACAAAAAAUCUGUACACUUUCAUCUGUACACGCCAACAUUACUGGAAAUUUUUAAUUAUCUUCAUUUGCUCUUUUGGAAAAGAGACAGAGAAUGAGGAAAGGCUUCACAUUCUCUUUUAAAUCUAUUUUAGAGUUUAAAACAUUUCAAUUUCCUGUUUAUUAGUAGGCAUGUUUACAACUGCUUUUACUCUCAUGGAUGAGGAGCAAUGGGAGGCUUGCCCAUCGACCGCAAAUCCGGUGGAAUCUAUUAAUAGAGAGUCUCUGCCAAAGGAUGGCACGCAGAAGAGCCUGGUUGAGGUGCUUAGUCAUCUCUACCGCGUCGAUAAAGUAUAUGUUGCAAAAAAGGUGGCUGCAACAAGCAACGUCUCUACCUCGUAUAGAGAUCAGACAGAGAGUAGUUAA